AUGGCCCUCAUCAUCCGGAGACGCACCGUCCUCCGCGUCCUCGGCUUUGCUGUCUUUGCUUUCGUCGUCAAGGUCCUCGUUGCAUCCCCCACCAACUCACCCUCGGUCUCGUCGCUUUACGGUACCUCCGAUCCCAACGAAAUCCGGAAACAAAACGUCCUUGACCUCGUCACCGGCUCCGACAAGCAGCUCGAUGCCCGCAAGCACAAGUUCCUCCAGGCUCGAAUAGGCAGAGACGACCGCUCUGACCUCUUUGCGGACAUUGUCAACGAUGGUGUGCAGGACUACUGGGAACGCUUUCAGAAACCAUAUAUUCUAGGCCACGAAACGUCGCACAUGGACGAACAGUCUGUGCUCUCCGCGAUAGAGCAAUUGCUGACCCUCAACGGCUGGGUCGCCGCGCUCUGCCCCACCCUCACUCGCCCUUUCGGCCAGAACAAGUACGAGGACGCGUACGAAGACCUCGCACGGCAGAAUCACCUCUACUUCGUCGGCAUGGUCAUCCACUCCGCCGACCACUUCCUCGUCGACCAGCUCUCCGUCAUUGUCCAGCUCGCGAAGCGCCUCGGGCCCUCGAACAUCUUCGUGUCUAUGCUCGACUACGACUCCUCCGAUUCCACAGAGACCCUCACCGAUCUUUGCGAGGCUGUUCUCACUCUCCUCGGCGUCCCAUUCCGCAUCAGACGCGUGCCCGGCAUGACAGAAGACCCUUCGGCCGCAUACUACCCGCUUGAGGAGGCUUACACCCGCAACCUCGUGCUCGAGCCUCUCCACGAACUCUAUGAACGCCGCCACAUCAACUUCCACCGCGUCAUUUGGCUGAAGGGCUUCACGUGCCCGAAUGACAUCCUCGAGACGAUCAAGGUCAGCAUCGUGAACGAAGCCGCGAUGGUGUGCGGCAUGGACUGGGCCGAGCACAACGGCUUCUUCAUCUUCUCCGACAGAUGGCGCACGCGCGAUAUCAACGGCGACCAGUUCCGCCAGUCAAAGUCCUCCGCGAUCUCCGAGUCGUCGACGACCUCCGUGCCCCCGCGCGACCCCACCAGCGCGCAGCGCUACACCCAACAUCUCCCCUUCCAGGUCUUCUGCUGCGAGUCCGGCACGCAUGUGGUCGACCCCGCGCAGUCAUACUAUGCCGGCAUCGCGUACCGCGCGGGCACCGACUUCUUCAACUCGACCGCGAGCCACGCAGACGUCCCCGAGCGCGAGCCGGACGCGCCGUGUCUGGACAGCACCCAAGCAUGGUUCUGCCGCGACCUCUGGCUGUGGAAAGCCAAGGAAGGUAUGAAGGCGUACGAGCCGGACGUCGCCGCCCCCGCUGACGCCGCCGAGUCGCCCAUUCAACAACGGAAGCGCGCGCCAGCGCCCGUGGAGGCAGAAGAGCUUGCGCCGCGACAGGCGGACAAGCCCAAGGACGACGCGGACGCGAACGCGGGCUCGGACUACGACGCGUCGGACCUGCCCGUGGCGGACCCCCCAGAGCCGGCGUGGGACGCGGACACGGUGCGGCUGACGAUCCCGAACGCGGUGUUCCUCGCGGCGCGGAUACUGGUGAACCCGCGGUGCGUGACGACGUAUGCGGGCGUGUCGCACACGCAGCUCGCGCUGGACCUGUUCGGGCCGCCGGACCGCGAGGAGGAGCGCGAGGUGGGGAGUAGACAGGAUUUGCUGGAGGAGUGGGAGGGCGCGCCGGACAACUUCGUGUGCCAGGAGCAGCGGACGACGGGCGGGCGGAGGGCGGCGAAGACGCAGCGGCGGAUGUCGUUCUCGAUCCACGGGGAGCUGCAGGAGACGUUUGACUCAUGAGCUGCGCCCCCGGGAUGGGCGUGACGACGACGACGACGUAGACGUAGACGGACGAGGCUCGUACUUAGAUCGCUGUUAUUACUUGUGCUGUGUCGAUAGGAUAAUGCUCUGGCGUAAUGUACACGGAAGACACGUUGCG